AUGGCUGGUCCCGUCGAUUUCUUCCCCACCUUCAACAAGAACGACCUCCUGGUACUCGCUGGCGAGUACCGGGCUGGUACGGUCCUGGAGUGGGAUCCGCUCCGCCUGCUUGACGAGCUGCUUUUGGGGCCCGCGACACCGGAAAUGUUUGUCCUGGCCUGGGAGAUCUCUAUGCUCCACACCAACCUGGUGGUGGUUGUGGCCCCAGGAACAGAAAAUUCCUGGAUACUCCGCGUGGUCCUAACGCCGGAGUUUCUGUGGUUGGGGCUCCACUGGGCAGGGUUGCCAUACCCUGCCCAGCUCACCGACUACUCUACCCACCUCCUCCCCAUCCUCCACUCCCACCACCUGGUUGCCUCAAUGGCCCUCCAUUACAACAUGGGGGUCAGCAACCGGUGGUGGGAGCUUAAUCACCACCUGGGGCUCUACCUCUCCCCUGCGGCCUCGGCCAAGCAAGCUACCGUUCCUGCAAUGGAGGACAUCAUGCCCAUGGAGGGCAUUGAAGCCUCUGCGGGUGUUUCGGUCCCGACGGUCGGGAACAGUGUCCGGGAGUACUCUCCCGAUAUGGAUAUCUGUUCGGAGAGGGGUGUGUCCUCUGUCGCUCCCGCCCCCGCCGCGGCAGCUCCUGCCCCCCCGAUGGUUCACACCAGUGUCCGGGAGUACUCUCCCGGAAUGGAUAUCUGUGAGGAGCCGGGUGUGCCCUCUGCUGCUUCCGCCCCCCUGACCCCUGCUGCCCUCACAUCCGCUGCAGCUCCUGCGCCCGCGACCCCCGUUGCUGCCAUCACUUCCACUGCCGCGUCUUCCCCCGUGAACCCCCCUACUGCCACUUCCACUGCGGCUCCUGCCCCUGCGCCGUCCACCCCACCACCUUCUUCCGUUCGGGCUGGCGGGAAGCCGCUCCGUCUCCGAGUCCCUAGAUCUAGGGCCCUUGGCUCCUGCACCCUGGAGGUCUCGAGCUUGCUCCUUCCAGACGAUUGA